AUGGUCACCGUCGACAUGUCCGACUCCGCCAAAUCACCACCGCCAAACCCGGCGCUUCGACGCUCAGUCCCAGCGAAAAGAAAGGCAAUGGCCGAUCGGUUGAAUAAUCAGGUGCACCAAGCGUGCUCCACCUGCAAGGCCCGGAAAGCCCGAUGCGACUCGAGACGGCCGCGUUGUUCGUUCUGUGAAGGUCGCAACCAGGACUGCGUCUAUCCACCUCUGUACAAGAGGGCCGUCUGCUCCCAGUUUCAUGUGGAUAACUUGGAAGCGAAAGUACAGGAGCUGGAAGCUCAAUUAAACACACAGCCAGAGGCGAUAGCAAAGGAUCCACAGGGCUCAAUCGCCUCGCCCCUCAACAGCUCGCACAGUCGAUCGAAUGGUCCACAGCCAUUCCUCGCACAGGUACAGGGCGAUGACGCUACUACAGAGAUCGACGGAGGUCACAAGGACUGCAGUCCUGUAGCCCCCGAGCCCAUCGCCCCAAUAUCGACAUUUACCACCUGCGAAAAUGAUACCGGGGCCAGGGAAACGGCAGAGGAAGUGCCGGCAACGGAUGGAAUGGUGGAAUACUCCAUGUCGCCUCCACAAGGGAAAGAUACAGACGGAUUCUACAGCGAUUCGUAUUCUCUUCGGUUUGCCAUGCACGUCAAGGCCUCCACCAUGCCUCUGAGGAUGUCUGUAUCCACUGUAGGCCACACUUUUCAACCUAGACAGGGCGUUCUUGAAGUGAAUGCCAGCUCAUCUACCGGCUCUUGGGAUGAUGAGGACGAUCUCGCCACGUUGCGGUCAUACCUGGCCGUGCCAUCGUUCCAAGGCCUACCACACCGACAUGUUGCGAAACAGUUACUAGAGGCCUACUUCACUAAUGUCCACCCUAUCUGGCCUUUCUUAAUUGAAGAGGAUACGCUGGCUCAGUUCGACAAUAUGUACACCUCCGACACCCCCAUUAAACCAGUUGCUAUGGCGAUGAUGAAUUUGAUAUUUGCACUGGGCUGCCAAUUCUGCCGCAACAUAACCCCCGGUGGCGAUCUAGUGAGCGCUAUGGGCUCCGGAACUUCCUUUUAUAGGUGUGCCCGCGCCUUUAUUGUCGCUCAUACGUAUAAUACCUGCUCAAUCAGCAUGCUGCAGACGCUAUUGCUGAUGGCACAGUAUCAACAAGGUACCAUGAGGGGAAAACAAUGCUGGCUUACAAUCGGCCAUGCCACAAGGAUAGCACAAUGCCUAAACUUGCACUUGGAUUCGCGGGACUGCUCGCAAGCCCCUCUUGAUCGUGAGCUUGGCAGACGCCUUUGGUGGGGAUGCUUUUCCCUCGACAGGGUGGCCAGCAUGAUCUAUGGUCGUCAGCCAACUCUUUUACACCCCAGAUUCUCGAAUCCCCCACUUCCUCGGUUGGUUGACGACAUUUACAUACGCGACAGCAAGACACAACCUGAUAGAAUCCCUUCGGUUAAUGCCUUCAUUCACUACACCGUCCGUCUCUACCUAGUGAUGGACAAGAUCACGGAAGAGCUGCAACCAUUUCGCCGACAAUCCGACACAUCUGUCGAGCCCGAAACACAGCGCAACGUAUUGCAAUCGCUAAUAGAUUUGGUAGAGGCCGACGAACACUUAGUAUCUUGGCACGCAUCUCUCCCUGACUACUUUCGAUUCUCUUUGGACAGCACAGAGCAGCAAGUCUCACCACAACCCUGGUGGGUACAACGAUGCAAAAUUGUCCUCAAGAACAGAUUUCUCGGACUGCGUAUUCUGCUUCACCGCCAGACUAUCCUCUUCUUACUUGGGCCGUGUCAACCCAUGGAGAGCGCCAGAUAUCCGUCUUAUCACUGGCCACCGCUGUUCUCCGACCUUAUCCACGGACUGGCUGCUAACGGUACUGUCGUACGGCCUCAGUCCAGUUUCGAGAGUGUGCUGGCCUAUCUUAGUGCUCAAAUAUGUGUCCGAUCAGCGCAGCAGCAGAUUGAAGAGAUCAGUGUUAACCGCCCCGCCAAUCUGACAGGUGCAUGGUGGUGGGAUUUUCACUUCAACUUCGAUUCUCUAUGUGUUCUGCUCGGUGCUGUAGGGCUUCCGACUGAGCAUCGGGCGGCCAUAAUCCUAGAUGUGGCCGUGAUCCAUGAAACAAUACGCAAGGGGCUCGAGACAAUCCAUUCUCUGGUUCCUUUUGGGGGUGACAAGCUACAGCAAAGCGAGCAUUUUCUCCAACAAUUACACCGAGUUGCAUAUGAGCAGGAACCCGUCAGACCUCACGAGAAAGGCCCUACCAAUAGUAACGGUGACAGCGAGGACCAAGAAAUGCUGCUGAGUACUCUCGUGUCCGCGCGGAAUAGGGAUACAAGCCUUGAUCAUAUGGGCGUGGGAAACGGAAUAGGACUGGAAGCCUGGGGACCCGUGAAUGCGCCGCCCAGUUCUGGAAUACAGGAUACCACGGGCAACCUAAACACGAACCAGAUGGAAGAAUUGGGGGGAUUUUCUACAGAGACAAUGGGCUCACUACUGCAAAGCUCGUUUACUUUUUGGAACGCCUUUGAUUAUGAUACUAUCACGUCGCGGGGUCAGGAGCUGGGGGCUGAGAGACUGGUCAAUUUCCAGCCAGGCUGGGCUUAA